AUGCGAAGGACUGCGAGUCAAAACAAUCUUGAGGAAUUCGAUCCUGAGCCUGAACGUACUUUCAAUCGGCGUAGGAGAGAUUUGAAUUUAUUGCAGAACCCGCAGGCUGUCGCAGAAUUACCUGUGGUCAUGGCUAAUCAUCAACUGGCGGAAGUGAGAGAGGUUGCAGUGCCUCGGGUGGUAGAUGUCACUUCAUGCAUUGUCAAGCCCACCAUCGAAGGGCACUUUGAGCUGAAGCAUCCUAUGAUUCAACUUUUUCACUCUAGUGGGCAAUUCACGGGAAUGUCACAUGAGGAUCCUCAGCGUCACAUCCAUACUUUUCUGCAGAUUGUGGAUACUUUUUCUACUGGAAGGGUCACGAAAGAAUAUGUUCGACUGACACUGUUCCCCUUCUCUCUAUUGGGGAAUGCAAGUAACUGGUUAUUAGCAGAGCCCGCCAAUUCUAUCACUACGUGGGAUGACUUGGCGACGAAAUUCUUGACUAGGUUCUUUCCGCCAGCAAAGACCACUCGCCUCCGAAGGGAGAUCAUGUCAUUCAGGCAGAAACUUGGAGAAAAUUUAUAUCAAGCUUGGGAGAGGUUUAAAGGUCUUCUCAGAGAUUGCCCUCAUCACCAUCAGACGAAUGAAGUUCUGGCACACACAUUUAUUGAGAGUCUGGAUGCCCAACAUAAGUCAUCACUUGACACUGCUGCAGGAGGGCAGUUUACUCAGAGCACUCCACACUGGCAGGAUGAUGCAGCUAUUAGUUCAGUUAGGAAAGCACCGGGUGUCUUCGAAGUAGACAAUUUUACAACAUUAUCAGCACAGAUUGAUGCCAUGCGCACCGAACUGAGGAAGUUGGCUGUGGCACAAGCACCACCACAGGUACAUGCAGUGCAGCAAGCCAUAGCCUAUUGUGAUGUCUGCGGAGAGGGUCAUAAAAGUGAUGAAUGCCCUGCAAAUCCUGUGUCCAUAUACUUUGUGGGUAAUUCAAGCAAGGGGCAAGGAAGCAACAAUCAAUACAGAAAUUCCUACAACCCAAAUUGGAGGAACCACCCGAAUUUCAGGUGGAGUGACAACCCAGGUAAUCAGAAGCAGAACUAUCAGUCAGCACCUGCUCCUCAAGCUCCCACAAACAGUAUAGAAGAGAUGAUGAAAAAGAUGAUGGGUGACAUGCAAAAGAUGAUGCUAGACCAGCAGAAGUUGAUAGCAGAUAAUCAGAAUCGUGAUUUGGCUGUACGAAAUUUAGAAAGGCAGAUGGGACAGAUAGCUGGUGCACAAAAUACCAGACCACCUGGAGGACUUCCAAGUGACAUAGAUGUAAAUACCAAUCCUUGCAAUGCUGUAACUCUGCGAAAUGGGCGAGAAUUAGAGGAAGUGACGUCAAAGAGAACUGGUCGAGUGGAGGCUGAAAAAGAGAAGAUUGCCACAAAAACAAGUGAAAAAGAUAAGGUAGUCAAGGCACCAGUGGAAAAGCAACCACGGGAUGUGGUUGCAAAGCCACCGCCUCUAUUCCCUCAACGUCUGGCAAGACAGAAAGAAGAGGCUACUUAUAAGAAGUUUCUUGAUUUGCUUACGCAGGUAAACGUGAACGUCCCCUUGGUUGAUAUGCUGCAGGGUAUUUCAAAGUAUGCUAAGUACAUCAAAAAUAUUGUUGCAAACAAGAGCCGUUUCACAGAGUAUGCCACAGUUGCACUUACUGAGGAGUGCACUUCUCGUAUUCAGAACAAGUUGCCCACAAAAUUGAAGGAUCCCGGAAGUUUCACUAUUGAGAUUUCUAUUGGGACACAGGUUGUUGCUCGAGCACUUUGUGACCUAGGUGCAAGUAUAAAUCUGAUGCCUUCGUCUAUCUUCCGGAAGCUAGGUCUGGGAGUGCCCAGACCAACCACUAUAGUUCUUCAGCUGGCAGACAGAUCGUUAGCAAGACCCGAAGGAAUUAUUGAAGAUGUAUUGGUCCAAGUGGGGUCGUUGAUAAUUCCUGCUGACUUUGUGAUAUUGGAUUUCGAGCCACCCGGAAGUCCCAUUUAUUUUGGGGCGUCCGUUCUUGGCCACAGGGAGAGCACUUAUUGA